GCAACUCAAUAGUUGCAUGCGAUGUGAGAGCAGAGAAAGGACUUACAGACUCACCAGGAUGCUUCCGAGCCACGCCUUCUCCAUCGUCCGUUUACUUAGCCUGUGUCUCGUGGUGUGUGUGAGCCUACAGUUCACUUCAUCAUCUGUUUUUGAGGAUUAUCCAAAGGAAUCUUGCGAUGUGAACCUGACAUUACGUAAUUUCCGGCUAAUUUUAUCGUGGGAAUUAAAAAACAAAUCCAUCCCACUAACUCACUAUACGUUUUGGUUCACAAUCAUGAGCAAACCAGAAGAUCCGAAGGCUUUGGAGAACUGUACGAAUAUCACAGAACCAUCUUGCGACGUGACAGAGGAGUGGACUGGCCCCAGUGAGAUCUACGUUCCCCUCAUUGUAAUUUACAGAGGCAACUCCACAGUGAGCCUCUGUGAAGGCUCUGUCGUGGCUACAGACACUAGAGUUGAGCCGCCAGAAUUCGAGGUUGUUGGCUUCACAGAUCACAUAAAUGUCACAAUGAAAUUUCCACCUGUCACCCCCAAGAUAUUCGGGGAGAGCAUAUGGGAAAUGCUAGGUUAUAAGUCGCUUGUCAUCAGAGAACAGGCGGGACAGAGCAUCAAGCUGCACAAGCCCACAAUGAAGAGCAUCACUGGGAACUUCACCUAUGUCCUUCGAGACUUACUUCCAAAGACAAACUACUGUGUAUCUGUUUAUUUUGAAGCUGAAACCCUGGAGACCUCUAUAAAGUCUCCCUUUAAAUGCACCGCCCUUCAGCCUGACCAGGAAUCAGGGUCGUCAGAGUAUGACAAAGUAGGAAUAGUUACUGGGUGUGUGAUAGCAGUGCUCUUCUUCAGCAUCGUCGUAAUGCUGAAACGGAUUGGUUACAUAUGCUUAAAACACAAUUUCCCCAAUGCCUUGAAUUUCCAUAACUUUCUGUCCUGGAUAUUCCCUGAAGUACCACCGUCAGAAGGAGUUGACAAGUUGGAGAUCAUUCCCUCAAGCAAAAAGAAGAAGGUGUGGAAUUAUGACUAUGGAGAUGGAAGUGACAGUGAUGAAGACGUCCCCAAAGCGAGUGCCACUGGUUACACCACGCAUGGACUCAUGGGCAGGCUUCUGAGCCAGGCCUCUGACCCCGCAAACCACCCCCUGGAGUCCCAGCUUGAAGAAGACUCAGCCGCUGAGGAAUCUGAUGCCACGGAGCCUGGGACUGAGCCAGAACUCCCCACCGAGGCUGUGGUGGGGCUGGGCCUCAGGCCUUCAGAAGACCCGAGUGGUCCCUAUGAGAGGAGAGAGAGUGUGCUCCAGGACUCCUUCCCCGGGGAUGACAGCAGCUCCGUGAAUGGGACCGGGGACAAAGUUAUCUUCAACGUGAACUUAAAUUCUGUGUUUUUGAGAGUUCUCCAUGAUGACUCUGAAGGGGGCUCAGAGGUGUCAUCUCUCGCAGAAGAUCCGGUCCACCUAGACGAGGCUCCCCACAGGACAGAGUCAGGCCUUCCAAUGGCCGGUGAGGACAGGACACAGUCACCUCAUCCCAGCGUCUCUUCACAGGGUCUGUGGACUGAAGAUGGGUCGUCUGAAAAAACUGACACCUCAGACUCAGAUGCUGACACAGGGGACGGCUAUAUUAUGAGAUGACACUGGAAGCUCAAGCUGAGUGGGCCUCUUCACAGCCAGCCUGGAUACCUUGUGGCCUGCAGGUGUCUGUGAGGGGGGGACUAGGGAACUCUGGAGCCCUCCUGGUUCUUGCUGAUAGUCUUCUCUGUGCAGAUUCCCAGUUUGGGGAUCCAUUGUUGUUUACGUGGGUCACGAGCAUGCCCCGCCCACCUCCUUCCCAGUGAUGCACUAAGGCGGUACUGUGUUAUGUUUCCCAGGGAACAGUGUUCACUGUGACUUUCAGAGGCAGCCAAGGCCUCCCAUCCCUGUGUCAUAUCUAGGAAAUGAUUAAAUUGGGGCAGAGAAAAGGAAAGAAAAACUGGCCAAGCAGUGUUUAGCAGGGCUCAUGGAAUGAGCCUGAAAGAGGGUAAAAGGGAAAGAGGAAGGGCACACCUCCCAGGUGGGAGAAACACGGUGGAACACAAGGGAACCAGCAAGGUCUGGGCCCUUCUCAGCCACCACUGCCCGUUUCCUCCACUCUGAGAUGGUCAUCAGCCACCCGUAAAGCCUUCCACAGAAAUGUGGGGGUGGGGAGAAGCCAUGAGAAUAAUUCUAGGAUCCUUCAGGGCACUCAGAGAGAGGGGAAGCUGGCGUGGUGGAGGGCAAGGAGCAAAAUCUCAGUGCCUGCCACAUUUUAAGGUUUUUGUUUUUAGGGGUGAGAGCAAGCAUUUCAAGGUCUUCGCAAUACACACAAGACACGACGAGUCUUAGUCCCAUUUAACAAUUUUUAAAGAACUCUAUGUAUAGAUUUGGAUGACGGUCACUGUGAGUCUCAAAUAUCAUGGAGGGGCGAGCCACACAUCUGAUUGCCAAUGGGUGA